AGUGACUUCUGAUAUCCUACCUACGACAGAUGUCUUGGAUUUAGAUGGUAAAUUUACAACAGUCGAAGGACAUUCUAGUUUUGUUUCAAACCAAAUUACUGAAACAGAAACACCCACGUCUGUUACAGCAGGAAAUAUAACAACAGCGAAAUAUUCAAUAUCAAGAAAUCCAAAUUCAAAAGCUGUAUUAUUAGCACAAGCUGCACCGCUUCUACCUAUAUUACGAAAAGGAACAAAGCCAGGUGUUGUAAACAUGCUAGACACCACUACAUCGACAGAAGUGCAAGAUUUAAUAACAGUUAUGAAUAUGAUAAAAAUACCAGAAAGCAAAUUACAUCCAGAUUCAACAUUAGACACAACAACGUCACUGUACAUUACAACCGCAGAAAUAUCAGAAACAACCCAAGAAGUAACGAAUUCAUCAGACGGUACAAUAGAAACCAGAAAAGUGAAAACAUAUCCGAAAACAACAGCAGUGUAUCCGAAAUCAACUUCAGCUUUACUUGAAUAUUCUUUAUCGCCGAAUACAUCAUUGUUAACAACUUUGGAAACGGUAAACGAAACAGCAACGUCAUAUUCUAACACAACCAAAUCUUUAUCAAAAACGUCAUCAAUGGUGUCUGAAAUAGAUUAUUCUUUUUUGAAUACAACCAAAACAUUACCAAACACAACAAAUCUUAAAUCAGAAACAACAUCAAAAUUACGGAACGCAACGACAACAUCAUUACCAGAUAUAACGACAACACCAUUGCCAGAUGAAUAUACAUCUGUGUCUCCAACAACACAAAAGUCAGCUGUAAAACCCAAAGGUUUAGCAAAACUGAGUUCAACUCCAUUUCAAGCAUUAACAACGACAUCAGUUUUGUCGGAUUAUAAGACAACUAGAUGGAAAGCAAAUCUUUCAAAAACAACAACAGAAUUUCCAGAAAUUACCACAACAUUUACAGAAAUAAUCACGGCAGUUCCAGAUAAACCAACAGCAUUUUCAGAAACAACCACGACAAUUAUAGAAGCAACCACAACAAUUCAAGAAACAACCACGUUAUUUCCAAAAACUACUGUGAAAUUAACAGAAAAACAAACGACAAUUCCAGAAACAACCACAACAUUUCCAGAAACUGUCGUGCCAUUUACAGAAAAUCCAACAGCAUUUCCAAAAACAAACACGACGUUUCCAGAAACUACUACAAUAUUUCCAGUAACAACCAGAACAGUUCCUGAAACAACCACGACAUAUCCAGAAACAACCACGACAUUUCCUGAAACAACCACGACAUUUCCAGAAACAACCCAAACAUUUCCAAAAACAACCACGACAUUUCCAAAAAUAACCACGACAUUUCCAGAAACAACCACGGCAUUUUCUGAAACAACCACGACAUAUCCGGAAACAACCAAGACAUUGACAGAACCAACCACGACAUUUCCAGAAACAACCACGACAUUUCCAAAAACAACUACCACAUUUCCAGGAACAAUCACGACAUAUCCAGAAACAACCAAGACGUUGUCAGAAACAACAACGACAUUUCCAGAAACAACCAAGACAUUGCCAGAAACAACCACGACAUUUCCAGAAACAACCCAAACAUUUCCAAAAACAACCAAGACAUUCCAGAAACAACCAAGACAUUGCCAGAAACAACCACGACAUUUCCAGAAACAACCACGACAUUUCCAGAAACAACCACGACAUUUCCAGAAACUACUACAACAUUUGUUAGAAAACUACACACAUUUUUGCUAG